AUGGCGACCGCCGGCGGCCUGCCUUACAUCCUUUUUCCGGUGAUCAUGGCGACAUUUCUUAUUCCGGCGGUCGAGCUGAAAGUUCCGAACGAAGGCAGCAAACUCGACAUGUGGUUCAAUAAAUUUGUCGGCACUUUUGAGUCGCGGAAAAAUCAGCUGCUGCCGGAGCUGGUGGCUGCGGAAACGAACCGCAAAGUGAUCAGUGUGCGGAAGCACGGCAAGGCGCAGUUCAGAUCAAUAAAGGAUGCCAUAAAUAGCAUUCCGGACGGGAAUAAAGACCGGAUAAUUGUGGCGGUUGGGCCGGGGACUUAUGUGGAGAAGGUGACCAUAAGUAAGGAGAAGCCCUUUGUGACGCUAUACGGCGACCCCAAGAAAAUGCCGACCCUUGUGUAUAAUGACACGGCGAAGACGGCCAAAGGGUCCGUCUACAGCGGCACUUUGUCGGUCUACGCCGACCACUUUAACGCUGUGAAUAUGCAUAUUAAGAAUUCGGCGCCGCAGCCGGAUGGAAAGCCCGAUCAGCAGGCAUUGGCAAUGAGAAUAUCAGGAGACUACGCAUCCUUCUACAAUUGCCGAUUCUAUGGCUUUCAAGACACACUCAUGGAUGACACCGGGAAACAUUUGUACAAAGAUUGCUACAUCGAGGGCACCGUGGAUUUCGUAUUUGGCACCGGACAAACCUUAUUUAUGAAAACUGAACUCCAUGUUAUUGGAGACGGAGAGGCGUUUGUAACGGCGCAUGGAAGGAAUAGUCCCGAUGACCCUAGCGGGUUUGUUUUCUUGCAAUGUCCGGUGACCGGAAAAGGGAAAGGAAAUGCAUACCUAGGAAGGCCGUGGUUCAACUAUGCUCGGGUUAUCUUUUUAUACUCUGGGUUAGGGAGAGUUAUCAAUCCCGCCGGAUGGUAUAACAAUCAGCCAACAUUGGCUAUUAACAGCAAUGCAUAUUUUGCGGAAAGGCAAAACCGAGGACCCGGCGCUAAUAAUGGUAGACGCGCGCCGGGCGUUCAAGUGCUGCCUCCGUGGGCUGUCGACCAAUUUGCGAACUUUCCAUACGUCGAGGCUGAGAAAUGGCUGCUUCCUCCGACGAGUGAUGUAGCUUAA